UCCAGGGAGAGAACCCAAGCAUAGAGCCUUUCACAACCUACCCUGUCUCUUCAGCAGGGAGAUGCCACCCAUCAAUGCCACAUCUGGGGAGGCCUCGCUGCGCCAGGCCAUGAAGGUCACCACGGCCGUGGCCUUUGGCUUCAUCUUCUUGGCAGGGGCGGCCGGGAACGGGGCGGUGCUGUGGGUCACGGGCUGGAAGCUGCGCUGGACCCCCAACACUGUGUGGUUCUUCAACCUGGCCGUGGCCGACGUGGCCUCCACCUCUCUGAUCCUGGUCACCGUCCUGUACCUGUCCCUGGAUCUGGACUGGCCCUUUGGCUCCGUGGCCUGCAAGUUGGCCAACUGCCUCUUCGGCUUGAGCCUCUGCAGCGGGGUCCUGCUGCUCAGCGCCAUCAGCGUGGACCGGUGUGUGGUGGUGGUGGCCCCGGUCUGGUGCCGCAAUCACCGCACGCCACGGCUCAGCUGGGUGGCCUGUGCCACUAUCUGGGCCCUGUCGCUGGCCACCUUCGUGCCCAGCUCCUUUCUCUUCUCUGAGCUAUCUUUGGAGAGGAACCGGAGCUCCUGCAGCAACCUGGAUGUCUUCCAAGACUGGAGGCGCCAAGAGGCUAAGAUCUUGACCGUGUUCAUCUUCCUCUCCCAGUUCCUCCUGCCCUUGAUGGUCAUUUCCGUGUCCUACUCCAUCCUGGUGGUGGCCAUGAGGCGGAAGAGGCUGACCAAGUCCAGCAAGCCCCUCUUGGUGGUCACCAGAGUCAUCUUCUGCUUCUUCCUCUGCUGGUCGCCCUACCAUGCCUUGGCCUUAGCCAGGAUCUCCACGGCCCACAUGCCCAGCGCCGUGCGCCUCGUGGCCAUCCCUCUCUCCAAGUGCCUGGCCAUGUUCAACAGCUGCAUCAACCCCCUGCUCUACGUCUUUGCCGGGAGGGAGUUCCAGGAUGCUGUGCGGAGGCCGCUGGUGCAAGCCUUCAAGGCAGCCUUCGAAGAGGCGCCACCAACCCAUGUGUGACGGGGGAGACGCCAUACUGCAGGGAUCCAGCUGAGGGAGCUCUCCCCUGGCAGGCAGGGCUAGCCCUGAUGCCUCAGCAUGGCACUAGGGGGCGCUGUGCUGCAGGGGGCGGGAUGGGGGCUCUCCCCUGGCGGUCAGGGCCAGCCCUAUGCCACUAGGGGGCGCUGUACUGCAGGGGGUGUGGUGGGGGCUCUCCCCUGGGAGUCAGGGCUGGCCCUGAUGCCUCGUCAUGGCACUAGG